GUAGUUUGUUCUCUGUCAUCCAUCUGUCUUAGAAGCACCUCGCACUGAGCUUUCAGCAAAAUGGAAAGUGUGAGUGAACUCCAGAAUCCCCUGUUGGCCAAGAAUAAUGGACACCUUCAUGGCAGUUACAGUUACCACCAGGAUUAUCCUGGCCACCGUUGCCAGGGUAAACUGUACUCCUAUAUCUUCCAAAAUUCUGGCAAUGCGAGGACUCACCAACUGCUGGAUGCCAGUUCUCUUCAGCUGGCUGUUGAAGCAUUGUACGGCCCAAAUUUCAUCCUGGUGAAGGAUGAGACCAGUGUCAAAGUCAAGGACAACAAAGGUGAGAGUUGUGAGACAGCCUUCAUGGGAAACAAAGAGCAUCCUGCUGAGGCCUCUGAUGUGCAAGAAACCCAAGGGAGGUCCCUGAUGGAAAAUGACAUCAAAAUCCAGACAGUGUCCUAUGAAGUGGAAGAAGAGGAAUUGCAAGAAUAUGAGAGUGACUCCUCCAGUGACAGCGAGAGUGAAGAUCAUUUUCUGAUGCUUCCCCCACGAGACCACCUGGGCUUGGCAAUUUUUUCAAUGCUCUGUUGUUUCUGGCCUCUGGGAAUUGCUGCUUUCUACUUUUCUCAAGGGACGAGUAAGGCUAUCUCCAAGGGGGACUUUCACCUGGCAAGUUCUGCGUCCCGGCGAGCACUAUUCCUUGCUGCGCUCUCUAUCACCAUUGGCACGGGAGUGUACGUUGGAGUGAUUGUAGCACUGAUUGCUUACCUAUCCAAAGGUGGCCACGUAUAGUGAAGAAUCUCUGCAUCAGAUGGAUAAUUCUCUCGGAUUACACACUUUCCUAUGAAACAUAGGACACUAUGCUUACAAGGAUUUCUACGGAGCACUCCCUAAACAGAGAUCUGUGCUCAUACAGA